CAGCCAGUUCAGGAAAAUGGCCACCCCAGGUCGUCCUGCAGGUGACUUCGCACAAGAACCAAAUUUUCGGGCGUGCAGUUUCGCGCGAGGGACUCCUCCUACCGUGAAAUUUUGCGCCACAAAGCAUGGCCUGACCGUGUCUUCAUUUGCGGUCAAUUACUGCGACUCAGUUCGCGACGAAUAUUAAGUGGGAUCACUCCGCACUGGCAGGCAGUCUGAAUAGGUUGCAUUCGUUCCGCCCGUCACUGUCGUAUUUUCCACGGAAUUCCGCCUUCGAGAGACCAUGACCUCCGAUAAGAUGACGAAAACAGAGGAGGUGGGUGCCUUCGGGUCCGCGGUCCACAGAUCCGCCUCUGGCGACGACGCCGCGCUGGUACGGCUUGGAAAGAAGCCUGUCUUGAAGCGCAACUUUGGCUUCAUGACGAUUCUUGGGUUCAGCUGUACGGUCCUGAUCACGUGGGAAGGAUCUCUGGUCACAUUUUUGCAAGGACUACAGAACGGCGGGCCAUCAGGCAUCAUCUACGGCUUCAUCGUCGUGUGGGCGGGCACCCUCUCCGUGUUUGCAACGCUCUCCGAACUGGUGUCCAUGGCGCCCACCUCUGGUGGCCAAUACCACUGGGUUUCGAUGCUCGCGCCGCCUGGGGCGCGCAAGUUCCUCGGAUACCUCACCGGCUGGCUUGCCCUGACGGGCUGGCAGGCCCUGGUGGCGUCUGGCGGCUUUUUGACGGGCACGAUGAUCCAGGGUCUGAUCCUGCUCACGCACCCCGGCUACGCCGGCGUGAUGCAGAACUGGCAUGGGACGCUGCUUUUCUGGGCCGUCAUCCUUUUUGGAUACUCCGUCAACAGCGCCAUCGGGAAGCUGCUCGCCAAGUUCGAGGGCCUCGUACUGGUCGUGCAUCUCCUCGGGUUCCUGGGUAUUCUGCUACCCUUGGCUUUGCUGAGUGAGCAUGGGGACUCGGCGGCCGUUUUCAACAAUUUCUACAACCUUGGGGACUGGCAGACACAAGGCCUCUCUUUUUGCAUUGGAAUCCUUGGCAAUGUAUUUGCGUUUCUAGGGGCCGAUGGGGCCAUUCAUAUGGCGGAGGAGAUCCGCAACGCGCCGCUCGUCAUACCUCGAUCUCUCCUGGCAGGCCUGAUGAUUAACGGGACGCUGGGCUUCGCCAUGCUCAUCGUGACCUUGUACUGCGUGGCAGCGUCAGACAUCGAGGCCGCGCUCAUGGAGAAUCCAGCCUACCCCUUCAUGGCCAUCUUCCGCAACGCCGUCGGGUCUACAGCAGGCGCAGCAGUCAUGUCUUCUGUCGUGGUGGCCAUGGCAUUCAGCGCCACGACAGGCUGCAUCGCCUCCACCUCGCGGUUGUACUGGGCCUUUGCGCGCGACCGCGGCCUCCCCGGAUCAAAGUUCCUGGCGAGGACGAGUCGACGAACGAGCAUUCCUCUGUACUCUGUGCUCACCACCGCUAUUGUUGCUAUAAUCCUUUCACUGGUCAACAUAGGCGACGCAACCGCUUUUAAUGGCGUCAUAUCCAUCUCCAUCGCCGGGCUGUUCGGGUCCUACCUAGUGGCCGCCGGACUGUUACUAUAUCGUCGGGUGCGCGGGCAGAUUCGAGAUCCUAGUCCGGACGACCUCCACGUCAACACCAUCGACUCCACUUUGGCUUGGGGGCCUUGGCGCCUCCCCGGGUUGUUUGGGAUUGUCAACAACGCCUUCUCCUGUUCAUAUCUUCUAUUCGUUUUCUUCUUCUCGUUCUGGCCAGCAACUAGGGAAGUCACGCCGCAGACUAUGAAUUGGGCGGUCCUAGUCUUUGUUGCGGUAAUUAGCUUCAGCGUGCUGUAUUAUGUGACUUGGGCGAGAAGGGUCUACUCGGGGCCGAUCGUGGAAGUUUGAUAUACUUUAUUGUCAUCAGAGAGGAACUGGGGUCACGGAGGUUGAUAGAUAUUCUUAUCACCAAAGCAAAAGUUGUGCGAAAAUGA